ACUAUCAUGAAUAAUUAUGUAAAUGACCAGAAUCCUUCAAUCAUUGACAGAAAGCUUAAUUGUAAGAUUAUUAUCUAAGUCAUCUAAAAUUCUAUAAGUUUUAAUGAAUAAUCGACUUAAAUUUUGUUUUCACUGUACAAAUCGUAUCAUCCAAUUCCUAGAAGUGAAAGUACAUGUAUCGAUAAGAAGUAAUUGUGUAUUGCAAUCUGAUGUAAGUUCUAUAGUCAUGCUCAUGUAACAGUAGCGCAAUCUACAAUCAAGGGAGUCACGAUAUUUAAUACCAGAAUUUCAGAGAAUGUACAAGUAAUUUUUAUUAAAUGACGGAACAUUCAGUGAAUUAUAUCGCAACUGUUGAAAUAAACUGAUAAAUCGCAUCCUUUUAGUUAAAACUCAUUAUCUGUUUAACGAUAUCGUGAAUUUUAUCAAAAAUUCGAAGACGUGAUAUUAAAGAGAGUGUCUCCAAUAAGAACAUAGUUAUCAUUACAACUAAAUUUUUCUUGUUUGAAGUUGGGACGUAUACGUGAAUAUAUGGAUUAAAGAUGCCUAUUUCGAAUUGCAUUUGUUUGGUUUUAGAAACAGGAGGUACUCUAUACUCCUAGCAAAUGGAGUAAGAGGUUCGAUCAAAUGCAAAUAUUAUCAAAUUAUUAUAAAUUUGCUAAAAAGGUUACCGAUGAUGCUCGUAAAAAUUUUAAAUGCGAAUUAAAUAUCCCAUAUGGAACAACAGAACGAACUAAAUAUGAUAUCUAUGGAGCUGACUUACCCAAAGAUUCCCCCAUAUUUAUAUUCAUUCACGGUGGUUAUUGGCAAGAAGGUAGCAAAGAUUUUGCUGCAUUUACAGUUCCUGUCUUUGUUAAUAAAGGAAUUAAAGUAAUAACCAUUGGCUACGAUUUAUGUCCUAAUGUCAAAUUUGGGGAUAUAAUAUCUCAGAUACAAAUAGCGAUUAAACAUAUAUUAAAGUAUGCAUUGAAUCUCGAAUGUAGGAAUGUUUGGCUCUCUGGUCAUAGCGCUGGCGCACAUUUAGCAUCCAGCAUUUUGUAUGAUAAAUUAUGGUUGGAUGAAAUGACGAAAAACGGAUACUUAAAUCUACUAAAAGGUAUUGUGUUAAUAGGAGGCGUUUAUAAUUUGAAUCCCCUGCUCGAUACGAAUAUUGUUACGCCUUUGAAACUUACAAAAGAUGAAAUCAACACAUAUAGCUUUACCACUCUUGAUACCAAAAAUAACACACACAUCCAAGGGUUGAAAGUUAUUGUAACCAUUGGGGAAUGUGAUUCACCAGGACUUAUUAAUGAAUCAAUCGAGUGUACUCAGCAACUUAUUACAAUAGUAGACGAUGUUCAUUAUAUAUUUCUUCGGGAAAAUAUUGACCAUUUUAAUAUCGUGGAAGAACUCACGAAUGAAGAAUUUAUUUUGACAAAAGUGAUACUAAAUAACAUCUUUCAUGAAGGUAUGGGGUAAAGCGAAGGAACACUGGAAAGAGGAGGGAGAAAAAAGGGGCAGAUUAUGUGGAAGGGAAGAAGAGGACCUGAGACAUGGAAAAAACACUGAAUGAGAAUGGAGAAGGACUAACAGAAUUAAAAGCAAUAAUAGAGAAGAGAAGGGCAAGGGCAAUACAGACGGGGGGAGGAAUGACAAGAAGGUAGCACAGCAAGGAGGCAGAAGACCAAAGUGGCAAUAAUGUGUAGUCAUAAGUUGCAAUAGUUUAUAGUCAUUAAUUUUAGCUGUUAGAGAUAAGAAUAUAACAAGGAGUGCAAUACAAUAAAUGUAAGAAAUGUAAACCGAAAGUUCGUCCAAAGCCGAAAGGCACAGACUAAAAAUAAAUAAUAAUAAUAAUAUA